UUGUUGUUUGGGGGGAUGCUUCAGAUGGUGCUCUCUGGGAUAUUUUUUGGAGACAGGAUGUCCCUAAGUUGCAGGAAUAUCUGAAGAAGAAUUUCAGAGAGUUUAGGUAUGUCCAUUGCUGUCGUUUAAAGCAGUUGGAUCAUGCCAAUGAAUUAUCAAACUCCCUGAAAGAAAGUGCCAAUAUUAACACUGUUUGGGCAUCGCUUAUUGUUGAAGAAUGCACAAGACUUGGUUUGAUGUAUUUGUGUAUUGCUCCUGGAUCUAGACCUUCCCCUGUUGCUGUUGCUGUUGCAAGUCACAAAUUAAUCACAUGUAUUUCAUGCUUCGAUGAGCGUUCACUUGCAUAUCAUGCUGUUGGAUAUGGAAGAGGAUCUCACAUUCCAGCAGUAGCCAUUACAUCAUCAGGCACUGCAGUUUCCAACCUUCUUCCUGCUAGUCCAAAGAAGGUCAACUUGGUUGCUGCUCUGGUUCGUGGUAUGCUUGUUAAAGAUGCAUCGAUGCAGUUGGAAUCGACAAUAAAACGAGCAGCAAAAACUGUAUAUCAGGUUAAAGAGUUCCAUAGAAGAGAUGGUUUUGAGGUAGCAAGUGCUGACAAGAUGGCUAAGUCAUGCAUGGUUUAUUUUGAAAUGCAUCUAUCCCUAAGGAAAAAAAUAAUUACAAAAGCUUUUAAUGGUACAAUAAUUGUUGUUGAAGAUGACAAGGGACCUGAAAGAGGAAUGCCGAGCUUCAAUUCUGAGUUACCCAAUUCCAAUUCAUGGGUUGAGGAUGUUACAAGAGUUUGGGAUCCUUGCUGACCAGUGACUAGGGUUGAGGAUUUUACCAAGAGUUGAAGACCGUUGCUGCUAGAAUGUCAAGGUAAAGAGAAACGUUGUUAAUUAGUAUCCUUUUAAGGUAAAAAAAAAA